ACCGGCGCCACAGAGCCGAAUGGCCCCGGCGCUCCCCAGCACAGCCGCAACGGCUCGGCACCGCGGCAGGGGCGGCGGACAGGCGGCGGCAGCCCUUCUGCGGAGGCGGGGACCCGAGGGGCUCCGCCCGGCGAGGCGGGGCCGGCGCCGCCAUGGCGGAGUGGGGCCGAGGUGAGGCCCGGGGACCGGCGGGUUGGGGGCAGAGUGCAGGUGCGGUGGAGGAUGUGCUGGAUGUGGAGAACAAGCGUAUGGCAGAUAGCCUGGCCAGCAAGGUCACCAGGCUGAAGUCGCUGGCUCUGGACAUUGACAAAGAUGCUGAGGAGCAGAACCAGUACCUGGAUGGCAUGGACUCAGACUUCCUGAGCGUGACUGGCCUGCUCUCUGGCAGCGUGAAGCGCUUCUCCGGCAUGGCACGGUCCGGGAAGGACAACCGCAAGCUGCUCUGCUCCGUCUCAGCAGGACUGAUCCUUGUUUUCUUCAUCCUCUACUAUCUCGUGUCCAGAGCAGGGACCUGAGCUCGUGUUGCUGCAGGUUUUACAGAACAAACCCACCACCACCGAGGGACUUGUUGGGCGCCUUCCUCAGUCACCCUGCAGUGGAGUCUUUGGCAUGUUCCAGACCUUUCGAGUAACUUUUCCUUCCACCAGCUUCUUGUCCUUGUUCUGGCUGGUCUCAGACACCUCUUUAUAAAGCAACUCUUGGACUCCAAA